AUGAAAAUUUUUCAUAUAUUGCUUCUAAGUUUCUUAGUUUAUGUUGCUAUCACAGCUGAAACAGCAACCACUUGCACAGAUGACCAAGUGUUAGUCAAAGGAAAGUGCAAAGAUGCUAAAAAUUGCAGGACUUAAAUUGGAUUCUUUAAACAGACUUAAGCCAACGGAAAGAAACAUAUAGCCAACAGACCCAAAUUUGCCAUUGAGUUAAAGGAUGGAAAUCUUUAAUUCUCAUUGACAUUUGCUAAUGCCAAAGAUUUCUAGACUUCUGUAGAAACUGGAUCAACCACUACAUGUAUUCAGGUUAAUUUGAGAAGAUUUGGAGCUGCUUUUACAAAUGAAGUAGCUGAUGCUUCUGUAAUUACCUCAACCGCAUAAGACACCUCAAGAACCUGGGUCUUUACAGUUAAUAAAGAGUAUUUAAAUUUUAUAUAGUUAGUUAAUUCGAUACAUUAUUUUUGAAGGACGAAUCUAAUGAUGAGAUCAAAUACACUGGAUUUUAUGCCAUUUCAGUGACAUUAUUAUUACCAAAUGACAAUGGAGUAAAACCCUUGGCUUUCUUUGCUUUUAAAUUCUCAGCUAUUUUUAGCAAAGAUUUAGCAACCCUCAAAUCAAGUGAGAUCAAACCCAAAGUACAAGCUGAGUAAGUUUGUGCUGAUGCUGCUGGAGAAUAAUGUGUCAAUACUGCUCAAUCUACAUUGACAUUAUGUUCUGAUGAAGCUUGUGAAACACCUCUUAAUACAACUGAAUUAGUAGUAGGUGAAACCAUUUAUGUUAAAUAAACAAUUACUUAAGAUGGAUUUAAAGGAGGUAAAUGGAAACCCAUGGAUGCUGAAAUUACAGUAGUUGCUGAUGGAGUAUCAAAGACAGUCAAACCUAAAAAAUUGGAUAAAGGAUAAAAUGGUGAAUAAAUGUAUCAACUUAAACUAAACUUCUUGGGUAAUAAAGUAACCAUAGCUUCUGAUGCCUCAUUGGGAGAAACAACAGCCGCUAGAAUUUUGUAAGAAGCAGCAGAUGAUCCUUCAGUUGUUGGAUCAACCUCUGUUUCUUGCAUUAAAGAGACUUCUUCUAGUGCAUGUCCAUCAUAAGAUUAAGUACUUACUUACAAUUCAGAGAAUUGUUCAGGAGUCUCUUGUGACGAUGAUGAAAGUUCAAAUGCAAUGAUAUUCAAAGUCUUAAUUGCAAUGUUAGGAUUAUUGAUAUUAUGAAC